AUGGCGCUUUUUCGUAUGCUGGUGGUGGCCAUCCUUGCGGAGGGCACGCCGCUUUGGGAUGAUAAUUGCGAUAGUUGUGAGGCAGGCUCGGCAUUUUUGCAGUUGGAACUGUCAAAGGACAGGGCGCAUGUGAUUUCAAGUGACUUGCAGGCCUCAAGGUACUGGUUUCCGACCAAGUCCGUCGACAACAACCGCUCUGGUCAGUCCAGCGUGUCCGGACCCUUCCCCCUACAUAAACCUGACACAGCGCAUUGGGAACUCAAUGUGCCUGGGGUCGUUUUCCACCAAGUGCCGAUGAUCGAUGACAAAUUGAACAUUUACAUGGGCAGCGACACGGGCAAGAUCUUUUCUUUUGACAAAUAUGGUGCCAAGAGAUGGGAGGCGAAUGGCACCGGUACGCAUUGUCAAGACCCUUCCCUUUUUGAGGGAAUUCUGUAUACUGCAUGCAGAGAUGGGUCAGUAUUAGCCCUUGAUAUGAUGACUGGCCAGCUCUUGUGGCAACGUAAAAUCUGCAAGGAAUUGCCAUUUGAGCAUUACAGUAUUUCAGUGACGAAGGACCAUAUUUUUUUGCCGGCUGGAGUCAACCAGCACGGUGGCUAUGUAAGUCCCUUUCAUGAGCCACUCGAUAUUGGUUCCCCGGCUGUUGCCUUGCUGCGUCGCGAGGAUGGCCGGCUCGUUUGGAGAGCGAACCUUUCUAAAUGGAAUGCAGUAACGCAAGAACUGACACCAUGUAUGCUGUCGGAUUCAGUGAUUUUCAGUGGGGGUAUGGGAACCAUUUUUCGCCUCAGCCUUCAAAACGGUUCUCUGAUUUGGAAAGUUGAUGUGGGCCCGAACCUGACCACCAGUGCGCAAGUCUCUUGCACUCAAGAUGGAAAAGUGUUUGCAGGCUACGGUGGCUAUAGCGGCAAUGAUGCCAACGACCGCCACGUUGGUGGUUUAUACGCCCUCGACAUUAAAACGGGCGACACGCUUUGGACAAGAUCUUUCCCUUACAGGGUUUACACGCCUGUUGCGGUAGGGGAGAUCCAGGGACAUAAAGGGACAGCUGUUAUUGUCGCUAUGGGAACUCCCGGGCAGUAUCCCAAAAAAACGACAGAGAAUCAUACUCUGUGGGCUCUGGACGCCAACACCGGAGCUAUGAUUUGGUCCUUCAACACGCCAUCCUGCACAGCUCUGGGUGCCCGGGGCGGCACCCUGGAAGAAAUGUGCUGGCCUUUGGCUUGGUCGGCGCCGGUUAUCUCAAAGGAUGGCAUCGUUUAUAUCAACUGGGCCUUCGGCGGUGUCACCUUUGCAUUGCGUGACAUCAACAAAGAUGGCCUGUGUGACCUUCACAACCCCGAAGAAGUCUCCAGCUUUGAUUUCGGCAUUGGCCAUCAGGGAGGUCCUGCGCUGGCCCCUGGUAUGCUUGUGGUGCUCACCUGCCAUGGACCGAGGGCGAUUCUCACUGCAGCUAUAGAACAAUGA